GAAGUCACACGCGUGUCAUUUGUCAACAUAAAAGGAACGUGUCGCGAAUGCCUUUGAUCUUAGCUUAAUGAAGAGCCAACGUCUUCGCCUUUGUGUUACUGUGAAAAACAACUGACCAUAAGAACAUUGUCAAAAAAGAGAUUAAAAAGACUGAAGGAAAGAGAACAUAAGACAAAAGCAUUAAAUAAAACGAAUCACACAAUAGGGAAAGUGUUAGUUUUAGUUGAAAAGAAGAAAAAAGUUAAAAUUAAAACAUUUCGUUCAUUCUCUGGGGCAUUUUUCCCUGGCCACGAUGCAGAUGUUUGUCAAGACCCUAACUGGCAAGACCAUCACCCUGGAGGUCGAGCCCAGCGACACAAUAGAGAACGUGAAAUCCAAGAUCCAGGACAAGGAGGGCAUUCCUCCAGACCAGCAGAGACUCAUAUUUGCAGGCAAACAGCUGGAGGAUGGCCGCACUCUCUCUGACUAUAACAUCCAGAAGGAGUCCACCCUCCAUCUUGUUUUACGCCUCAGAGGAGGACUGGAGAUGUUUGUGAAAACCCUGACUGGCAAAACCAUCACCCUGGAGGUUGAGCCCAGUGACACGAUAGAGAAUAUAAAGUCCAAGAUCCAGGACAAGGAGGGAAUCCCACCAGACCAGCAGAGACUCAUCUUUGCUGGUAAGCAGUUGGAAGAUGGCCGCACUCUGUCCGACUACAACAUCCAGAAGGAGUCCACUUUACAUCUCGUGCUCCGUCUGAGAGGAGGAAUGCAGGUGUUUGUGAAAACCCUGACUGGCAAGACCAUCACCUUGGAAGUUGAACCCAGCGACACCAUUGAGAACGUGAAAGCCAAGAUCCAGGACAAAGAGGGCAUCCCACCAGACCAGCAGCGUCUCAUCUUUGCUGGAAAGCAGCUGGAGGAUGGUCGCACUCUCUCUGACUACAACAUCCAGAAGGAGUCCACUCUACAUCUUGUGCUUCGCCUUCGGGGAGGAAUACGGGAUUUGGUACAGACUUCCGGUACAUACUUAACUGGUAAGACUGUCGCCCUGGAGUUGCUGCCCAGUAUGACUAUAGAGAAUCUCAGGGCCAGAUCUUAUGGGAGAAUAGAUAACAUUCCACCAGGCCGACUGUGUCUCUUUUUUUUUUUUGCUGGUUGACACCCAGAUGAUUGUCCCAACCUCCCUGACCUCUAGAAUGAGCUCACACUUUGUCUUGUAAAGAUGCAGAUGUUUGUUAAGACCCUGACCGGGAAGACCAUAACAUUGGAGGUUGAGCCAAGUGACAGUUUCAAGAAUGUAAAAUCUAAAAUCCAGGACAAGGAGGGAAUCUCUCCAGAUCAGCAGCGUCUCAUUUUUGCUGCUAAGCAACUGGAAGAUGAUCGAACCCUGUGUGACUACAACAUCCAGAAAGAGUCCACGCUUCAUCUCGUCCUACGCGUACGGGGGGGUAUGCAGAUCUUCGUGAAGACGCUAACUGGCAAAACAAUCACCCUGGAGGUGGAACCAAGUGAUACCAUAGAGAACAUUAAGGCCAAAAUCCAGGAUAAAGAAGGGAUCCCCCCAGACCAGCAGCGUCUCAUCUUUGCUGGUAAGCAGUUGGAAGGUGGUCGCACCCUCUCUGACUACAACAUCCAGAAGGAGUCCACCCUCCACCUUGUGCUACGAUUGAGAGGGGGGAUGCAGAUCUUUGUCAAAACCCUGACUGGCAAGACUAUCACUCUGGAGGCGGAGCCUAGUGACACAAUUGAAAAUAUCAAAGCUAAAAUCCAGGAUAAAGAAGGCAUUCCUCCAGACCAGCAGCGUCUCAUCUUUGCUGGCAAACAGCUAGAGGAUGGUCGCACUCUCUCCGACUACAACAUCCAGAAGGAGUCCACUCUACAUCUCGUUCUGCGUCUGAGGGGUGGAACCUCUGCCUUUGGUCCUAAAGACGUAUCCCUGUAUGAACUGAAGACCUUUGACCUUUCAGGAGAGCCAUCUGCUUCAUCCCCAAAACAUACACAUUUCAGUCAUCUGACUUGCAUACCCUACAGAGAAAAAAUAUGAUGGUUAAAAACAGAUGUGUGUUUUAAAACCUUUUUUUAUUUUUACUUGGAAAAGAGAGAUUGCUUCCUUUAUUUUUGGAAGAAUACUCAUUUUAAUAACUGCUUUAAAUUUAAAAGUAAGCAAUGUUGUAGCAUUGAGCCUAGCAACAUUCAGUGAAAUAAUAAACAUGCUUAUUGCAGCUUAUUCUUAA